UCGACAGAGUCAGAUUAUCUAGGCUUACACGUUCAGACGUCGUAGCUUUCUGUGAAAAUGAAGUCCUUUAUCGAAUAUUCUCCGGAAUGUGAGUUUCCCAUUCAGAAUUUGCCAUACGGUAUUUUCUCUACUGCUAAUGAUCCGAAGAAAAGAAUAGGCGUCGCAAUUGGAGAUAAAAUUUUGGAUUUAUCAGCGAUAUCGGAUUUUUUUACUGGUCCGUUAUUGGCAAGUAAGCAGCAUGUUUUCCACCAAGACAGCCUCAAUGAGUUCAUGUCACUUGGUAGGCCAUCGUGGAUCGAGGCCAGGCAAACCUUGCAAAGCUUGCUCUCCAUUGAAAAUGGCACUCUGCAACAAGCCGAUAUUCGAUCGAAAGCGUUCGUGUCUCAAGAAAAAGCGACGAUGCACUUGCCGGCUAGAAUAGGCGAUUACACGGACUUCUACUCGUCCAUUCACCACGCGACAAAUGUUGGGAUAAUGUUCCGCGAUAAAGACAAUGCCCUCAUGCCGAACUGGAAGUACCUGCCGGUGGGCUACCACGGCAGAGCCAGCUCGGUGGUUGUGUCGGGUACGAGCAUACGGCGUCCCCGUGGUCAGACGUUGCCGGUGGAGGGCGCGACGCCGGUCUACGGGCCCUGCCGCCUCAUGGACUUCGAGCUCGAGGUGGCCUUCUUCGUCGGGGGCCCGCCCACGGACCUCGGCGACACGCUCAGCGCGUCGCGCGCCCGCGACCACAUCUUCGGACUGGUCACCAUGAACGAUUGGAGCGCCAGGGACAUCCAAAAGUGGGAGUACGUGCCGCUAGGCCCGUUUACGGCCAAAAAUUUAGGCACCACUAUCAGCCCGUGGGUGGUCACUCUGGAAGCUUUGGAGCCAUUUGCGGUUCCUAAUAUGACUCAAGAUCCUCAGCCGUUCCCCUAUCUGAGGCAUCGCGAUUCCUGCAGCUACGACAUCAAAUUGGAGGUCGAUAUAAAAGGCCCCACCGGAGUUGUCACAACAGUCACGCGCAGCAAUUACAAGUACAUGUACUGGACAAUGCAACAGCAGUUAGCUCACCACACUGUGACCGGCUGCAAUAUCAAUCCCGGCGACUUAAUGGCCUCUGGAACUAUUAGUGGAGAGACUUCUGAUUCCUACGGUUCAUUGCUCGAACUUUGCUGGAAGGGUACUCAACCCGUACCUAUGAAUGAUGGAAGUACCAGAAAAUUUUUACAAGACGGAGACGAAGUUUGUAUUCGAGGUUUUUGCGAGGGUGAUGGAUACAGAAUUGGUUUUGGACAAUGCACUGGAAAGUUACUGCCUGUGAAACCAGAAUAAGACAUUGUAACAAGGCACCCGUACCUUACAUACUUUCGGGACGACGGAGAGCAAUAUCAAGGCAUUAAAAUUGCUAGUAAGUAGUUGAAUGAGGGAAAAAAGAUAUAGUAUCAUAAUUAUGAAGAUACCAAUCAGGAAUGCAGACAAUUAGGAAAGCAGGGAGAUGGCAAUGAAAUGUAUCGUGUGAGACUCGCCGUGAGGAGCAUCCUUUUCCUCCCCGUGAAAGCCUAGAAAAAAACUACUAGUUUCGAUUUAAUUUACGGUUUGCUGCUUCGCAUUAAAAUGUAUAUUUAUUUCGUUAUUGACAUACAUAAAACUUUGAUGGAUUGAAUAGUAACAUUAAACUCAAUUCAUGUUACUUAACCUGACCACCAAUAUCUAAUAUUCUACUAUGCUGAUAAAAAUAAAUAUAUGCCUAAGACCACACUAAAGAUCUGCUAUUCAAUCAGAACUGAAUUCAUUUGUUAAAAAAAAAAAAAAAAAAAAUCAGGCAGAUACGUUCAAUGUUGAAGAACGCAUAGCCGUGUUUAUUUUCUGAAAAAUUUAUAAAUAACGUUAAAAAAGCUGUAAAAGGUCAAUUUUAAAAAUGAAAAGUCAUACAGUAGUAAAACAUAUAUUCCCAUAAAUUAUCAGUGUUAAAUUUUUAUCACAUUAUAGCUGAAAUGUUUUUUAAUACUUUUUUAUAUAACAUGUUAUUACAUCAGAUUAUGUUUUAUAAUUCUUAAAAUAUAUUCUAAUAUAUUUCGA